UUAAGAUAUUCGGUAUAAAAAGGACGGUCUCUAAGAGAACAAAAUUCAGAACUUAUUUACCUUUUCUCUUGAGCAAAAUGACGACCUGGUGUUUGACUCUCAGCUUUCUCAUUCUUUCUCUGUUGAGCUCAACUUAUGGCAGCGCCAUUGAGCCUCGAGCGUGUGGAGGUUUUUUGUACGUUGGAGACGAAGCCGUGAUCGAAGCCCCGUUCCAAGAAAAUUGCGAGUGGCAAAUUCAAACGGACGAAAAACAUGUCCUCGCAUUUUCCCUGGUCCACGGUGGAGAUUUCGCGGCAGCGCAAGAAUUCUUUUCCAUUCAUGACGGACUUGACGUAAUCCAAUUGGAAAAUCAAAUACAUCACAAAGUUGGUCAUACAAGCGGCGAAUUAAUCACCACGGUUUACACCAGCAGUUCGGAGGUCGAAUUACGUUUCAAGAAGACACCUGCUUCACCUCUAAAGCUCAAAAUUCAAAAGGCUGUCGAUUGCCCCUUUAACUUGGGAUCAGAGAGCCAAUGCGGUCGAAUCACCGAUGAUAAAACUUCCUGUUACUGUGCAACAUUCACCAAAAGAGGCCAGGGCAACCACACGACAUACUGCUCAGAUAACAAAAUGAAGUUGGUGUCCAUCGAAGAUUACAAUGAGGAAAAUACAAUUUAUCUCGCUUGGGGUACAUUGGUCAACUUUUGGACUUCUGGCACCUAUAACAAAACUACGGGAAUUUGGACUUGGUCGAGCACGAUGGCCAACGUGUACCCUGGCUACACCGACUGGGCCCCCUUCGAACCCAAUAACACUCUGGUUGAUGGAAACUGCCUGACGAUCAAAAACGGCUGGUACGAUGACCCUUGCGCUAAUCUGUACGACGCCAUUUGUGAAUCACAUCCAGAGGACUUCAUUGACACGACUACGGAACCAUAUUAUAGUUCUACUGAAGAGUCCACAGUUGCGUAACAUCAAUUAAAAACAAUGACUACGCGAUACAUUGCCUAGGGAUGUACCAUCACCACAGUCUGAAUGCCAUCAUAUAGAAAAGCUGAAUCCAAUAAAUUCCGUUAAUUGCA